CACACUUAAAAUAAGUGACGCUGACAUAUUACAAGUGCUACUUGUUUAAUUCUUUUGUUAAUUCGUGCACUCAAUACCUAUGUUAAUUUUACCUUAACUUGGAAGUCUAUUUCUCUCUGUAUUUAGUUUUGUCUUAUUUUUUUUAUAUAUGAAUUUAUAGUUGCGUAUAUGUUGUGGGAGGCUGGAGAGGAGGUGUCGAACAGCGAAAUGGAAAAUGAUGACAAUGUUUGCUUAUCGAAGACAGCAGCCGGAGGAAGAGGAGUAAAUGUAUUCAGUUGUAGUAGUAGUGGUAAUGAUCAAUCGUCUGUCGAUCAUCUUGUUGUCAUGGUUAACGGUAUACUAGGGAGUUCUACAGAUUGGAAGUUUGCUUCUGAGCAAUUUGUCAAAACAUUUCCAGAUGAAGUAUUUGUUCACCGAAGUGAACGAAAUGCAGCUACACAAACAUUAGAUGGUGUAGAUGUAAUGGGUGAGCGAUUGUCACACGAGGUCACUGAAGUUAUAAAGCAAAAGCCAAGUCUUCGUAAGAUUUCUUUUGUUGCACAUUCUGUGGGAGGUUUAGUGGCUAGAUAUGCAAUUGGAAGAUUGUAUAGGCCUCCUGAGGAAAAAUCUGAUGAUAUAGACUAUGAAGAAUCGACGGCCACAAUUGGUGGUUUGGUUCCAAUUAACUUUAUUACCGUUGCGACACCUCAUCUUGGUUCAAGGGGAAACAAACAAGUCCCAAUUCUAUUUGGUGUAUCCGCAUUUGAAAAGGCUGCUGUUCUUGUAAUUCAUUGGAUAUUUGGAAGAACUGGUCGCCAUCUUUUUCUUACGGAUGAUGAUGGAGGAAAGCCUCCCCUGCUUAAACGCAUGUUGGAAGAUUCCGGUGAUUGUCAGUUCAUGUCAGCACUUCAUUCAUUUCAUCGGAGGGUGGCAUAUUCUAAUGCUUGCUGCGACCAUAUAGUAGGCUGGAGAACAUCAUCAAUUAGGCGUAACACAGAGCUGCCAAAGUGGCAGAACUCCAGAAAUGAGAGAUAUCCUCAUAUUGUAUAUGAAGAACGCUGCAAGGCAUAUGAUGUCCAACAAGUUUUGACCAAUGGUGAUUUUGUUAAUGACUUGGAAGAAGAACUGGUGACUGGCCUUUCUCGUGUACCAUGGGAAAAAGUAGACGUCAGUUUUCACGAUAGUAUACUGAGGAUUGCUGCUCAUGGUGUUAUUCAGGUUGGUGUAGAUGUUAUUCAACAUAUGAUUGAUCAUUUUUGCAUUUGAAGUACCGGUCAUCACAUAUCGAAUAUUUGUCAUAUACUUGAUGAAGAAAGCAAAGGAAUAAUAAGAUAAAUCCUCCAACUGAAGUUAAAAUAUGUCAAAAAAAAAAAAAAGCGUACCCGACAUAAGCAGUGAUCAGUCUUGUUGCAAUAUCUACGAUCUACCCGAAAUGUCUAAUGUUAUAAACUAUACUAGUAUUAAUCUAUGAAUUUCAACAAAUUUUCCA